AUGCGAGCAAUUCUUCUGUGGACAAUCAUUGACUUUCCUGCAUAUGAAAUGUUAUCAGGUUGGACUAUGCAUAGGAGACUAGCUUGUCCUUAUUGUAUGGGAAGCACAUGUGCAUUUCAGCUGAAGCAUGGUAGGAAGACGUUUUGGUUUGAUUGUCAUUGUAGAUUUCUUCCCAUUAACCAUCUGUACCGGCGAAACAAGACAUUGUUCAGGUCAAAAGUGGUUGUACGGGGCACUGCACCACCUUAUUUAUUUGGAGAAGAAGUCGAGAAAGAUAUUGAUUACUAUGGUGUAGAGAAACCCGUCAGCAAAGGAGGUAAUUGGCAUACUCCUGCAAAUAUGGCUGAUGGUUACGGGACACAUCAUAAUUGGCACAAAAAGAGUAUAUUUUGGGAACUUCCAUUCUGGAAGAAUCUGCUACUACGACACAAUCUUGGUGUGAUUCAUGUAGAGAAGAACUUCUUUGACAACAUCAUUAAUACAUUAUUGAACGUCUCCAGGAAGAAAAAAGAUAACAAGAACUCAAGGUUGGAUUUGCCUGCAUUAUGUUCUAGGAGUGAGCUGCAUAUUAUAAACGAUGGGAAAAUUUCGGUUCCCCUUUUCAGAUUGUCAGCAGAAGCAAAAGCGGCGUUGUUCAAAUUGGCGACCUCAGAUGGAUACGUAUUGGAGCUUUUUUUUAAAGAUCUAAGCUCAAGUACCUUAAUUGAAGAUGUCAUCAGACAACUUGAUGAGAAUAUCCCGAUCAUAAUGUGCAGUUUGGAGAAAAUUUUUCCUCCAUCAUUCUUUGACGUCAUGGAACAUCUAGUUGUCCACCUCCCGUAUAAGGCAUUGCUUCGUGGACCUGUGCAUAAUGGAUGGAUGUAUCCUUACGAGCGAUCCAUGAAACAUUUGAUGGGGAAAGCUAAAAAUAUUGCAAGGGUGGAAGGUUCAAUUGUUCCUAGGAGUUUGAUUGAGGAAACAUCUCAUUUCACCUCGUACUACUUUGGGUCACAAGCCCAUACACGAAAAGGGCUCCAACCAGAUAUGAUGAUGGUGGUGUUAUGCCGAGAUAUAUUGUUGAAGGUUGAUUAUGAUUAUCCAUUUUACAGUCUGUGGUUUCAUGAAUUGAUACAAGGUCUUAUCGCUAAGGUCACCACAACACCUAUGUACUUCACACGAGGUUACACUUUUCACACCUACGAGUAUGGAAGUCGUCGAGCAACGGCUAACUAUGGAAUAUGUGUGAAAGGUGAAACAGAUUUCUAUUGGAUCUUACAAGAGAUCAUCGAACUGGAAUUCCCUGGUUUAGUGAAGAUGAAAUGUGUCCUCUUUAAAUGUGACUGGUUCGACUCCACCGAGAAUAAAGGUGUUCGGUAUAGCAAGUUUGAAGUUGUGGAUAUCAAUGCUACACGGAGGUACAACAAAAUUGAACCCUACGUAUUGGCAUCUCAAGCAUACCAAGUAUGUUUUAUUCCAUAUCCGAGGAUCAGACAAUCUGGAAUAUCUUGGUUAGCCGAUAUAAAAGUUACACCUCGGGGCCGAGUAUUGAGUGAUGAACAACCCCCUUUACAAGAAGAUGUUGUAAAUGAAGUGGACAUACCAGAAAAAGCUACAGAUGAAAUCUUACUUGUUGAUCCGCAAAACCCGGAAUAUGAAGAUCUACCCUACGAAGUAGCGAGUGAAGCCAUCGAAGAUGAAUUUGAAGAAAGUGAUGACCCGGAUGAUGGUUCUGAUGACGAGUGA